AUGCCACAAAAUGCACAGGCAACUUUAAAUGACUUGCAGCAACUGAAAGAGACGUUAUCAGAUAGUGAACGACCUUGCUCUGGUCAAGAUCGGAAGCGGGUAGCUGCCCUACUAUUUGACGACACUGAAGUCGAGUUGUCUCCAGCAUCAGUUCUGAGUCAGCAACAGUUUGUCAAAAAGAAGGUAAAGACAGGUGAAAAAACGUCAAAAAUUCGAGUGGUAAAAAAUAACGAUGCAGGCGACAAGAGAGUGCUCAGACGGGCCAUGUCAAGUCAAAAGGUGCUCACUUUAGGACACUUGUCACCUUUUUCAAUGGGUAUAUCACCAAAAUUGCUCCAUUGCCAUACGUCAAAAUUGUCCAUAAGUGAUUUCAAAGAUGUAAGUCCAUCAUCUUUGGAACCUCUUUUACCGACAGUCUAUUCCAGCAAGCAUCCGGACCUUAAUGUGAUUACUCCAGAGACUGUGGCUGAAGUUUUAAGAGGUGACUAUAAAAACAAAUUAGUGCAGCAUAAGCUCUUGGACUGUCGAUUUCCCUAUGAGUUUCAAGGAGGGAGUUUAACAGGUGCGAGCUUAUCGUGUGAUCCGGAAACAAUGGAGAUGCAGUUGUUCAUGUCGACGGCCAUGAAGAGACGCACACGUACAGCGUUGAUUUUUUUCUGUGAGUUCUCGGCGAAUCGUGCCCCUAAAAUGCUUCGUCAUGUGCGGAAUCUAGAUCGUAGAUUAAAUGCUCACUGUUAUCCCGAGCUUUAUUACCCGGAUUUGUAUCUCAUCGAUGGUGGCUACAAGAAUUGCUUUGAAACGCUUCAACAUGAAAUCUGUGCACCAUUAGCGAGAUACGUGGCUAUGGAAGACAAACGGUUUGCAGAAGCUUGCUGCCAUGAAUUUGCAACCUGGAGACGGCGUUGGAAAUCGCACAAACUAGUCGCUAAUUGCGCUGCAAAGCUGAACAUGCCUUCACAGGCUAAAAGACAUAGUUGCUGCCAAGUCCGGUCAACUCCAUCGGGUGUCCGCUCAUUAUUUGACGAGCUGUAG